CAAACGUCAAAAUCGAAUAAAAUAGCCGUCUGCAGUAGCGGACGUCGUACAGACGUCAUAAUAAUACUUAAAAUUAAUACAAAUUUUUUUUUUCGUUUGUAUAAAUGCAAAACAUUAAUUAUUAUUUAAUUAAUUGUUAAUAUUUUUGUUAAUUUAUUUACACUGUAUAAAGUACAGAGUAUCAUUUUAAUUCGGUAGCAAUUAUUACUUUUUAAUGCUAAUGUAAUUAUUAUUAUUAUUUAUUUUCACUUUGAUAAAAUCUGUUGAAAUCUACCGAUGAUUGAUAAAUUACAAAUAAGUAAGAUCUCUGAUAGAGACGUACGACGGCGAACCAGGCCGCCCUUUUAAAUUCCGGUGAGGAAUGACGCUUGAAGACCCAUUCUUUGUCGUCAAAGACGAGGUAUGUAAAGCAUUAAAUAAAACUCGCGGUUUGUAUGGUCGUUGGACCGACUCUCAGUUGAAUGUCACGGUUGUAACACCAAAUGGAGUAGGACCUGGAGGACUUCCGGUCUCCAAAGAAGAAUUGGAGUGGACCACCACAGAAUUAAGAAACGCUUUACGUUCUAUUGAAUGGGAUCUUGAAGAUUUAGAAGAUACAAUUGGUAUUGUGGAAAAGAAUCCUAAUAGAUUUAAAAUUGACAACAAAGAAUUAAAUUUCCGAAGGGCUUUCAUUGACCACACACGAGACGAGGUCAAGGUCAUGAAAGAUAAAAUGAAUCUCAGCCGUGGAAGAGAUCGCGACAGAACUGCUAGACAGCCGUUGCUGGAUAACAGUCCAACUCGUGCUCCAGUUAAUCAUGGAACUACAAAAUAUAGUAAAUUAGAAAAUGAACUUGAUAGUCCUAGUCGACAAUUUUUAGAAGAUACUUUACAACAACAAGGACAAAUGAUUAGACAACAAGAUGAUCAAUUAGAUAUGAUUGGUGAGAGUAUUGGAACUUUGAAAACUGUAUCAAGACAAAUUAAUUCUGAGCUAGAUGAACAAGCUGUCAUGCUAGAUGAUUUUGGUAAUGAGAUGGAAGUAACGGACUCCAAAUUGGAUGCUACAAUGAAAAAAAUGGCCAAGGUUCUUCACAUGAGUAAUGGUAACUAUAGUAACUACAUUCCUGCUCCUACAGCUGCUUCAUGUCCUAAUGUCUCAGUUUAUCCUAAUAAAACAUCGCCCUUAUCCACAUUUUCCACUACAAUAACGAAUUGUUUUUUAUGUUCAGCUGAGUAAAAAUAAACUAGUCAAUUUUUAUUUUUAAUUUCAUUUAAAUGAAUUUAUAUUUUUAGCUUUUACUUUUAUUAAAAUAAAUUUAUAUUUUUAGUUUUUAUUUAUUUUUAAUUCACAACUGAUAGUUUAAUCGAUUAAAAUUAUUUUUAACUUUAACUCCAAAUAUAAGUACAAUUAUUAAUGACUAAUUGCUUGUCUGAAUAAUGUACUGACAGUUGAAUUAUUUUCUUUAAUUGCAUGAAUAAUAUUUUUACAAUUCGGAUUUAUUUAUGCAGUACAUGGACUUAAUAUAGCAGAUUUUUAAAAGUAAUUAGCAGAUUAUUAAGAUAAAGUC